UGUCCAAUUUAUUUUAUACGAAGUGAAUUUGAAACUUGCGCCAGAGAUGUUCAUCUGAUGUCGUUCAGUUCUCCGAGUUUAUUAUAAAUUAAUACUGAUUGCAUUAGUCAUUCAAUUACCUCAUAGUGAAGACUAAUUUACUAUUUAAAUGUAACAUUCUAGCUAAAAGUAUAUACGGGAAUAGUUCAGAACCUUGCUAAAAUCCUGUUUCUGCAUUUUAAUUAACAUCAUAUGAUAUGCACGAAAACGUGUAGGCUAACCUUACCACAUCCGCGGAAUUAUUGUUUUCACAGCAAAUAACAGACAGCUCUUAUCAAGGUCAUGUAAUUUGAAGGGGGGAAAUGGAUACAAUAUAAAUAAAACGAAUAAUUAUAACGUUUUAUGGUUAACAAUAUUCUUAAAAAUGUAUAGGUUAGGAAUAAGAAGCACAUACUAGUAAAAAAAAUAAUAAAGUCAAAUGAAGGUUUAACUUGAUGACUCUUCGGUGAGUGUUACACUUUUUCUUCACCCCUCUUACCAUCAUAAAUCACCAUCAGCAGAAGCUACCCCAUGCAGUGAGAAGAUGAGUCCGCGUGCUCAGAACACGAGGAGGUUCCUGUUGUUGGCCGUGGUGGCGGCGAUUGUGGGACUGGUCAUUGGUCUGCUUAUAGGGAGGUUUGGUAUACGCUCGGACAAUGACGAUUACAGGAUAACGGGAAUAUCCGAAACAUUCGUGCAAGAUGCAGACCCCACGAUCUCCGAAGAGAUCAUGGAUAACAUCAAUAGCGAUAACAUUCGACAGUAUCUUAGGGAGUUAACCGAAUACCCCCAUCUUGCCGGGACAGAUGCAGACUACAAACAGGCCAAAGAUCUUCAGGAGUUCUGGAGAUCGGUGGGUCUGGAUGAAACCUUCAUCACGCCGUAUGAUGUACUGUUGUCUUACCCCGAAACCAAAGAUGAAAGCAAGAUGAAUCGAAUCUUUGUCUACGAUUCUGCUGGCCAAGUGGUAUGGAAGUCCGCGCUGUAUGAACCGAUCUUGGACCCCAGUGAGAACAAAUCGAACGUGGUGCCGCCGUUCAAUGCUUAUUCUGCACCGGGGGAUGUCAACUCUACAGACUUGGUGUACGUUAAUUACGGACGUGUGGAAGACUACAGAUGGCUGGCUCAGAACACAGACAUUAACAUCACUGGCAAAAUCGUUCUGGCUCGUUACGGCAAGAUCUUCAGAGGGGACAAGGCCCGCCAAGCAGAAAUUCGUGGUGCCAAAGGAAUUAUUUUGUAUUCCGAUCCCGAGGAGUAUGCCGACAAUAGCGAGAAUACUGACGUUUACCCUCACGACUGGUUCCUCCCGGAAUCUGGAACGCAAAGGGGCAGCAUAUAUAUAGGGAUAGGGGACCCCCUCACACCUGGUUACCCAGCUACAGAAACGGCAUACAGACUAAAUGAAAGUGACCCAAACACUAUGCUUCCAAAGAUCCCAUGUCAUCCCAUCGGAUAUGGAGUUGCUAAAACUCUGAUGAGCUACAUGAGUGGUGACCAAGUUCCGGCGAGUUGGAGAGGGGGACUGAAUAUAACGUACAGAUUCGGAGGACCGCUGAAACAGUCUGGAUGGAAAAUAAGAAUAAGGAUCUCCACCGCAAAUACCCGGAGGAAGACGUACAACGUGUUCGGGGUGAUCAGGGGCAGCGUUGAGCCAGAUAGGUAUGUGUUGCUUGGAAACCAUUUAGAUGCCUGGGUUUUCGGCGCCAUUGACCCGUCUAGUGGAACAGCCGUAAUGAAAGAGGUGUCCCGAGUGAUGGGGAAUCUUGUUCGAUCAAAGAAAUGGCGUCCAAGAAGAACAAUAAUAUUUUGUGGAUGGGGUGCAGAAGAAUACAUGCUCAUGGGAUCUACAGAAUGGGUUGAGCAAUACGUCAAAAAUCUUGGUAAUCGAGCAGUGGCGUACCUUAAUAUGGAUAUGGCAAUUGAAGGAAACUAUACCUUGCGUAUAAGGGCGACACCUAUGAUGCAAUCGGUUGUAUAUGACGCCACCAAAAAGGUUCUAAACCCAGACAAUACCGAUACACAGUUUAAAACUGUUUAUGACAAAUGGUUGCACGCAUUUCCGAACUCUGACAAAUCACAGCCAAGAAUUUUAGGUCUGGGAACUGGUAGUGACCAUGCUGCUUUUAUUCAACGUGCAGGUCUUCCUAGUAUUGACUUCCUUUACACAUAUAACUGGGAUAAAUACAGGAUAGCAUCAUACCCACUCUAUCAUUCCAAGUAUGAAACUUUUAAGGCUGUGGAUGAGUUCAUGGACCGAGGGUUCAAGUGUCAUCGCGCAUCAGGACAAGUUUGGGCGGAAGUGGCCAGGAACUUGGCAGAUUCUCUCGUAAUCCCAUUCAAGAUCCAGGAUUAUGCAAACAAAUUGAGAGAUGGCGUUGAAGAACUUGAUCGAAAUUUAGGAAGUUUGAUGAGAAGAAAUGGCAUUCAAACUGAUUUGCUGUAUGAAGCCACGGAUCUCUUUGCAGCAGAAGUUGCCUCCUUUCAGAAAAGAGUUGAUACUGUGGAUAGAAAGAAUCCGUUCGCCAUUCGGGGCAUCAAUGACCAAAUUAUGUUAAUGGAGAGAGCGUUCAUUGAUCCCGAGGGUCUACCGGGCCGACCAUUGGCUAGACACAUCGUUUUUGCUGAGAGUAGUACAGAUUCAUACAGCAGUGCCACUUUUCCUGGUCUCGUAGAUGGAAUGUUUGAAAUUGAAGGGGACACGGAUGAAGAGAGACGGUGGGAGAUUGUAAAGAAACAUUUCAGUGUGGUUCUUCACACUAUAGACUCCGCGAUUUCCACGCUGCGGGAUGUAUCCUCAUUUAUGCCAUUAUCUGAUGGACUUUGAUAAAAGUAUAUUAGUUUUUUGCAUAAUUGUAUCCUAUAUAUAUAUUUUUAAGCAAUAUGAGCUGUAUUUUUUAGAAUUUUAUUUUGCUGAUAAAACCUGCUAGUAUGAUAGGUCUGCAUAUAACUUAAACUUUUAUGAUAAAUAAGAUUUGAAAACAUCAUUAAUUUUUGUCGAAGAAUAUAUUUCUCUUCUAAGGAAUAUAUAGCAAAUCAAUUUUUGUACAGGACGACAAUAACUCAAUUUUGCUCCAAAUAAGCUUCUCAACGGCCUUUUCCACAAAAAUAUGGCUAACAGAAAUUUAAAAACCAUGAUAUGUUAGUCAUUUUAGUAGAAAAGAAUAUUUUAGUAAAAACAAAAUUCAACAUGAAAAUGAAGGUCACAUUGCUUUAAUCAAUCUAGUUUGUGCAUGUAUAAAUGAGUUGCAUAGAAUUAAACUUUUUUAUUAUAUCUACAUUUUAUUGCAUCAUACCCCCCCCCCCCCCCCGAAAUGUAUUUUUUAGUAGCUUUUUACAUUUAUAUUCCAUGGUUAUAUACAUGUAAGUAUGUUUGCAUUUUAAUUAAGUUUCACAACCCUCACUUAUGAUUGAUCAAAAAAUAAACAGUUAACAGUCGGGUACAAUUCUUGUUUGUCUUUGCGAUUUACAGUACAUUAUCAAGAAAAUAGUGACUGCUGUAAAAGCAAUAAAAGGCAAGAAAGACAGAACAAACGUAAAAGUAGCGAGGAAAUUUGCAGUGUUGUAGCAAGGAGAAAUAAAAGUCAUGGAAUUUCCACCAAACAUUACGUGUUUUCUUUGUAUAAAGAUAAGUUGUAGAAAUGUGCAGGAAAAGAUAUAAUUGCAGGUAAGCGUAUACCACAGCAUUUGAUACAGUUCUAAAUGGUUUUUCAAGAACAGAGCUAGAGAAAACACGAGCUUUGCCGGAAAGGUCCGAGAAGUUGUGAUUGUUUU